AUGAAGGUCGUGCUCAUCACUGGCGCGUCCCGCGGCUUUGGCCGGUCGCUCGCACUCGCCUUUGCGCGGAAGCGUCAUCUCCUCGCCGACAAGACGGUGCAGCUGCACUUGUGGGCGCGCGAUGCGUCGGGCCUCGCCGAGACUGCCCGCCUCGUACAGGACGCCACCAAGGACAACGAUGCGGCGACGACAGUGCAUGUGACGACGACCGUGGUUGACAUGGGCGCCCGCGACGACUAUGUCGGCAAGAUUGACGCCUUCUUGGCGGCCGUGCACGCCCAGGGCCCAUCGCAAGUGGUGCUGGUCCACAACGCGGGCACGCUCGGCGAGAUCGGUCUCGCGCAGGACCUCUCGUCCGUGGCGUUUCUCCAAGACCACAUGGAGCUCAACGUCUCGUCGGUGAUGUGGUUCAACAAGCGCUUUCUUGAUGUCUUUGGCACCCGCGAUGCGUCAUCGCCCGCGCCCGCGACGCCGCACGUGCUCAUCAACGUGAGCUCGCUCAAUGCGAUCGAGCCCUUUGCGACGUGCAACACAUACUGCGUCAUCAAAGCGGCGCGGGACAUGCACCACCGUGUCAUUGCGGUCGAGCAAGGCGGAUUCGUCAAGACACUCAACUACGCGCCAGGCCCAAUGGACACCAACAUGCAGCUCGCGCUGCGCGAGUCGGACCGCACGGAUGCGACGCUCAAGGGCAUGUUCCAGCAGCUCAAAACGACGGGCACGUACGUUGACACGCUUGCGUCCGCGACGCUCUGUGUCGAGCACGUCUUUGGGCCGACAUUUGUCUCGGGCUCGCACGUCGACUACUAUGACAUUGCCGCGUAGCUCCUUUCGCCAUAAAUCGAAUGACAACCAAGCAACUGUACCCGCACUGAAAUUUCG